AUGAGCUCGACAUUGCUCAAUCUACCCACGAAAGCCUGCCACAACUGUCGCAGACGUCGCUGGAAGUGCGACCGCUCUUCGCCGGUCUGCCACAAAUGUCUCUCGUCUGGUACUGAAUGCCUGGGUUAUGGAAAGCUCUUUGUGUGGAAUCGCGGGGUCGCGAGUCGGGGGAAGAUGAUGGGGAAGUCAUAUGAAGAGCGAUUGUCGACGAAAGAGGAAGCCAAGCCUCACGAUGCACCUACCAUCACGUGGGAGUCAGAUCUUGUUGUUGCCUCAGCACAACCAACGUUGCUGGAGCCCGCGGCCGGAACGACAACCGAAGAAGCUCAAGAUGGGCCCGCUCUUGGUGCAGAAGCCGAGGACGGAUCUGCGAUGGUCCUCCACAGACCCUUAGUCGAUCCCCUGGUCAACGACUUAGACCGUCAUUCGCGCUACUAUCUGUACCAUUUCGCGACACAGUUAUGUGAGGAUAUGGUCGUCUACGAUAUGCCGGGGCAGAACCCAAUUCGCGAUCUCAUACCCGCGACAUCCGCGUACCCAUUACUGCUCCACAUCAUCGUCGCCAAUUCUGCCUUCCAUGUCUUCAACAUCUCACGCAACCCAAUGGGCCAGUCAGCAUACCAGGCUCAGCAAAGCUCUUGUCUUGUUGCAUACUACCAAGCAGUGAGCCGGUUUGGGGGUCCGCUGCAGUCUUCAUACAGGGAUGCACUGACUGCAAAGACUAAAGCGCUCACGCUGCUGGCUCAGAAUGUGGCCUCUGUCACUCCUUCGAAUAUUGAUGUGAUCCUAGUAACCAUUCUCCUCUUUGUCAAUUACACUCUCGUGGAAUCCGGCAAAGACAAAUGGAAAGUGCACAUGGACGGUGCGCUAUCUUUGAUCAAGCUUCUGGGCGAACCACUCUACCUGCAGCGUCCAAUGAGCAGAUUACGUCUGACGAUUUUGUCGGACCUUUUGGUGUUCUACGUUUUGGGCUCCACGUUGUCUUUUUCAACGAUGUCGAAAUUCGUGCCGGACACCAUUGACCUGGAGCCCAUCCUACGUUAUGCAGAAACCAACAAUUACCUGUCAUGUCCAGGACCUCUCCUUCGCAUUAUGCUCGAGUCCUUCGAGUUGCCAGACUCCCGCGAUGGUGCUUCUGGGAAUCUCAGAGAGAACAUUCAGGAGCAGGUCGGCGUCCUGUUGCAGCGAGCUCUCGAUUUCGACCCUAUCGCUUGGUCGUGCGACUUCGAACCUGCUUCUCCUUAUGAGGACCUCAAACAACGCGUUCGUAUCGCCUCUGCCCAUCGCUCCGCAGUGUGUAUCUACCUCGCUCGUGUGCUUCCCUGCACUCACCCUCUUCUCGAUCCUGCGAGUGAUUCGGCCCUUGUCAACCUGACUACUCUUGCCAACGAUGUAGUCCACCACAUCUCACACCUCAAGCCCGGUGACGCGGUGUUCAAGUGUAUAUGCUGGCCGUUGUUUCUGGCUGGCGCAGAAUCAGAAGAUCCUGCACAACGCGAGUGGAUCAUGAAUACGUUGGACAUACUAUACAGUGAGAUGUACUGGGGUUACCUACACACGGUGAAAAGAGUAUUGGAAACCAUAUGGCUUUGCAAGGACAGAGCAGAUUCUGGCUCCGACAAUUGUUGGGUCGACGAGGUGAAGGAAUUGGGCACCGAUAUAUUGAUUGCUUAA